UUCGACAUGUCGACCACGGGGCCCAUAAGUAAUUAUUAUGUGGACUCCCUGAUCAGCCAUGACACCGACGAGGUCCUCGCAGCGGCGGCGGCGGCAGCGGCGGCGACUCGCUUCUCCGCUCCCGCCUCGCACCCUUCUGGUCCGCGUCCCGCGUCUCUGGUGCCGGACUGCGGGGACUACCCGUCAUGCAGCUUCGCCGCCAAGCCACCGGUUUUCCCCACAUCCUGGGCCCCGUCACAGUCUUCGGUUGUCUAUCAUCCGUACAGCCAUCAAGCUCACUUGGGUGCGGACUCGCGUUACGUGCGCUCGUGGCUGGAGCCCAUCUCGGGCGCGGUGCCUUUUCACGGCUACCCGGGCAACGGCAGGCACUACGGCUUGAAGCCCGACGCCUUCCCGGAGCACAGAGCUAGCGACUGCCUUGGGAGCGCUGGCCGGACCUACACGGAUUAUCUGUACUGCUCGUCGUCGGAUGUACGGGACAAGACGCUGCAGAGCCUCCCGUCGCCCGAACCUGAGCUGCUGGCUGCGGGGAAACAUAAAGAAGAGAAGCCCGAGCUCGACCCGAAUAAUCCGGUGGCAAAUUGGAUCCACGCCCGCUCCACCAGGAAGAAACGCUGCCCUUACACCAAGUACCAGACUCUCGAACUAGAGAAGGAGUUCUUGUUCAAUAUGUACCUCACCAGGGACCGUCGCUAUGAGGUGGCCCGGGUACUCAACCUGACUGAGAGGCAGGUUAAAAUCUGGUUCCAGAACCGGCGGAUGAAGAUGAAGAAAAUGAACAAAGAGAAGAGCGACAGCAAGGAACAAUAA